UCUUACAGACUCUCUCUCACUCCGGUUGUAUUUUCCUAUUUUGCCUCUCCUCGUCACCUCCUUCUCCUUUUCGAUCGUUCACUGCCGCCACUAUCACACACAACAGUCUCCGUCAUCGUUCACCCAAAAAAGCCUUGUUGCUACUACUAUUACUAUUACUACUAAUACUACUGCUGCUGUUAUUGCGCGUUGCGCCAUCCGUAAUGGUCAUCGAUGAUUGUCUGCUGAUCUGGAAGUGUUCCCUACUCGCAAGACUAUGGCGUAGCGAUUGACGACUCCAACAUGUCGCUAGAUAUGACAAUGGAUGAGAAUGAGAAAAAGGUCGUAAAUGAGUUCUGUCAUUUACUAGAAAAAUCAAAACAGCUUUUCAAUGGUCUAAGAGAUUUGCCUCAGUAUGGCCAUAAACAAUGGCAGUCCUACUUUGGUAGGACUUUUGAUGUAUAUACUAAAUUAUGGAAAUUUCAGCAGCAACAUAGACAAGUCCUCGAUACCAAAUAUGGAUUGAAACGAUGGCAAAUAGGUGAAAUUGCUUCCAAAAUUGGACAAUUGUAUUACCAUUACUAUUUACGAACUAGUGAAACAAACUACCUAAAUGAAUCAUUUUCGUUCUACUCAGCAAUCCGUAUGCGAGCAUAUUACUCAAAGGCAAACAAAGAGGACAGAAUAAAAUGGAAAGAAAACCUGUGUGCACAAAACCGACGUCACGCCGCCAGGCCAGAUUUAAUGGUGAAGAAACUCCGAUACUAUGCACGGUUCAUUGUGGUGUGUUUAUUAUUGAAGAAGAUGAAGCUGGUACGAGAUCUUGUGAGAGAAUUAGCCAAACAAAUUGAUGACUAUACCACCACAUAUGAACCAGAUGAUCAGAUGGAAUGGAAUUUAGUUUUAGGUGAAAUUAAAUCCUUUAUUGAGGCUGAUAAUAUAAUAAGUGUCGUUGAUGUUGACUCUUCCUCUAUUGUCUUAUCCCACCGACUGACUCCUCUCAACACCCCUCCUCUGGAUAAGGGCACUCCAGUAUAUUUAACACUUCAAGAGAUUCUCAUUGUAGGCAAUUGUAAUGAACAAGUGAAAUUUAGUGAAUUAACUCUUGACAUGUUCCGAAUGCUACAGACAUUAGAAAGAGAACCACAAGAAGAUUUAACAACUCAACUAUAUGAUACGUCACCUGCCCCAGGAAGACAGCCAUUUGAAAAUGGCGAUCGUUCUAUACGAAGAGAUAACCCACACAAGUAUCUGCUCUACAAACCCACAUUCAGUCAACUGAAUACAUUCCUAGCGUCAGGUUUUAAAGAACUUCCUCCAAAUGGAGCCCUUCUCUUGUAUAUAUCUGCUGACGGUUGCUAUGGGAAUUCCAAACACACAGAUGAUGCUGCCUACGACCUUGGAGGUGUAGUGACCAACAGUCGGCGAGAAGGGGACAUAUUAAAUAAAAACAAAAGACCUGGAAGUUUGAAAGAAAUGCAUUGUCUACAUCCAGGUGAUUUGUAUCCUUACACUAGAAAGCCAUUGUUUCUCAUCUGCGAUAGUGAUAAUAGUUCCGCAUUUCAGUGUUUUCCUAACCUUUUUGGUCAACCGCUUGUCUGCCUUUUGUCCCCUGAGCAGUUACCAUCAACAAUGCAAGAUCAACAUCUGAAAGGCAACCUGUUUACUCUCUUCUUACACUGUCCCCUAAUGGCAUUUUGCUAUGUAUGCAACAUUGGGGACAUUCCUAUCACAACCUGGGACAAGUGCCAGAGCCAUGUAGAUAAGUUUAUGUCAGAAGCAUCCAAGUUAUUUACUCGUUCAAGGAAAUUAGAUCAUUCCUUUAUGCAGUUUUUUGGUGAUGACUUUCUUCGUCUUCUACUGCUACGCUUUGUUUUCUGUUACAUAGUCUUAAUUCUACACCGUGGCUUCAAGGGUCCCAGCUAUUUCCCUACCUCUCACCCAUCGUUACCAACAGAUGAAAUUCUGGAACAUCCUUUGCUCUACAAAAGCAUGCUGGAUCUAGCCAACACUUUGGACGUACGUGGUCUGUUUGCUGAGCCAGGAGACGGCGACACUUCCAACUGACAUCAGUGGAUCAGCUAGAGUAGUAAUUACUGCCACAAAACUUGUGUCAGACAGUAGGUUGCCACUGCCUGUCCACUCGCCACCAUACUGCAACCUACUGCUACUACUCUGCUGAAUUUAUUACUUUCGAGUAAUACUAAUGACAUUGAUGAUAAUACUGCAGCAACUACAACAACUACUACUGCAAUUACUAUUACAAUUACUACUAAGAAUACUACUGUGUGAGUGCACGGGGAUACACAACACACCCAUACCCAUUCUAUGUCCCUUUUCUUCCAUAUCCAGUUCUUCUAAUAAUCCCUCCUCCACCAGCAAUCUACAUCAUAUUUUUGUCAUGUCCACCCCAUCCCAGUUCAUUUAAUUUUUAAUGUUACACUUCUGUUCACCCCUCUUCUCUCAAUCCCUUCAAAUUUAGUCCCAAAUCUCUUCAUGACAGUGAUGGAUUGGCAGAAAUGGUAGAGUUCGAGACUAAAUGCCUUACAGUAUUUAGUUCCAUCCAUCUAUAUUCCAAGUUCAAAUUUUACUUGGAUUGACUUUGCCAUUCAUCUCUCUAGGAUUGAUAAAAUUAAUACCAGUCAUGUACUUGGUUUGAUUCAAUCCUUUAUGUCCCAGUCCCAUGAUUUGUGGCCUUGUGCCAAUAUCUACAUAAUUAAUUUAAUUCCCCUUCCCAUAUCCCACUUUCCAUUCUUGUGUGUUGAGUAUUUGUUACAUUGUGUAUACAUAUGAGUAAAACACCAACAUGUAAAACAUGGGCUUACAUAUUCCACUGUUGACUUCUACCACCACUUCUCUAUUUCCUUGCGAGGGGUGCCAACUGCAUCUAAUCCAGGACAGUGGUUAUAUUGUAGUCUAUUCUUUAUGUGUGUCUGUGUUUUCUCUCCCCAACUUGGUGCACCAACAGCUGUUCAGCUGAUGUCUACACACAGAUACAUAGGAGUGUGUAUAUGCAUAUAUAUACAUAUAUAUAUAUAUAUAUAUAUAUUAUAUAUAUAUAUAUAUACACACACACAUAUAUAUAUAAUGAAUAUGUCACCAACAACCCAACAAGAGUUGCUGGUGACACAACUGAAGAUUCUCUCUUCAUGUAGUGUGUCGAGAGCAAGUCAGCUUGGUGGGCUAAUUAAUCCCGAUCCCGUCGAUUGACUAUGGCCGGAAAAUUGCAGGUCCAAGGUAUAAGUGAAGUGAAAUGGCUCAACUGGAAAUUGAAACUGGGGUUGUAGGUUCGGCUAGCAGGGAGCUUAGUGCCACUCUAUGGAGCUUACCCACACAUUACAUAUCAAUCAAUCAAAAAUAUCUAUGCUUCAUAAGUGUGAUAAACAGCCAGUUUCUUGGCUUUUUCUAAUCAGAUGCAUCUAUCGAUUGCUCUUUAGUGCUGUUGACUUAUGCAUCCACACAUACACAUACCUGUAUAUGUGUACACACAAAUACAGACACAUAUAUCUUUAAUAUAUGUGCAUGCACACAAACACACAUCUAUGCCACUAGAAGCUCUUUAAUACCAGUUAUCAGCUAUGUGACAUUGACAUUGAUGAAUUGUCUUUAUUUCCUCAAACCUCAGUCCUGGUAUUUCAAAUGAUGACAAAAACAAAUGCAACUGUGAAAAAUGGAAUUAAAAAAACAGAACAAAAAAAAAUUAUUGACCAGACCAUCCUUAGCAGUAAUGUCACUCUAUGGAAAUUGGUCUUCUGAAAUUAGUAUUCUAACUGACUGAACAUGAUCCACUCCUCUUCCAUGUUUGCUAAAUUCACAUUUGAAUUGUGAAUCUAGUUUUUUCUGCAAGCACAUACCUGUUAUGUAUGUCUGCCAUGUCUCUCUUCUUCACACACACAUACUUAUACUUAUAUAUAUAUAUAUUAUAUAUAUAUAUAUAUAAUAUAUAUAUAUAUAUAUGUAUAUAUAUAUAUAUACACAUAUAUGUACAUACAUACACAUACACAUAUAUGUAUGUGUGUUUGUGUCUGUACGUAUAUAUGUAUGUAUAUGUAUAUCUGAGUGUAAGAAAACAAAAGGUUGUACAUACACAGCUAUGUAAAUUUGUAUGUUUCCUUCUAUUUAAUUUUUUUUCAGUCUUGGCUCUCUCUCUCUUUCUCUAUCUCUUCCAUAUAUAUAUAUAUAUAUAUAUAUAUUAAAUACACACACAUUUAUUGUACCUGCCUGUCAAGAGAUUUGAACUGAGAUCCUGUGUAGAGAAAGAACUAUGACAGUUGGAACUCGGUAGAAUUACACUGGAUAUUUAAAUACACACAUACACUGUUCUAUUUACUUUUUAGGACUACUUUUACAACAGUAUAUAUGAUUACAUAUCAAAGAUACAGUGGAAUGGAAUAUCUAUGACCAGGUUGUAGAUGGACACUGAAAGACUUUGAUAUCUAAUGACCUGUACUAUUGUGAAAAUAAUGAUUAAAAGUGAAUAUUAAAACCAAUGUGAUUCUAUCACAGGGCCACUGAUCACACACACACAGAAUAAAAGUGAAAUAGUCAAGAGGAUAAACUACUGGACUACCAAACUCAUAAUUAUGAAUUCAUAUCUCAUAGCAGGUGUUCAAUUGUUUUUUAAACUGUGCACUUAACUCCACAUGCUUCAUUUCAAAUAGCCAUGGUGGGGAAUGGGUGCCAGGUUUUUCUAGAUAAAAUAUGUAAUUGAGCAGCACUUUGAGGAGGAAAGAUAUUUUUUCCUAUCCCCUUCUCCUUAUUUUUACUUCUACAGAAACAAGAGCUAAGCACCAGCCCUAUAGAUAGGUCCCUAAAGGAUUCAGAAAAAAAAAAAAGAAUGAACAGCUAUGUUAUUAUUCUCAAUUAUACAUACAAUGUGUGUGUACAACUUUUGUAUAUUGUUCCUAAGCUGCACACAACAUAAAAUACUGACUUUUUUUUUCUUUCAGCAUGAUUUUCAUCUCUGAACUCCAUUUAUUUCGAUCUCAAACAUUUUAAUGAAAUUUGCUAUAAAUCUUCAAUAUUUGAUAUCAUGUAGGUUUACACUAUUUCAAUGUUUUUAAUUUUUCACAUGUAAAAUUUCCUUCCAGUUUUGAGUGAAUGCUCAGUGAAGCUUAGUCUUAAACUCAUUAAAUGCAAUAAAGAGAAGUAAAAAUAACAGAUUUGAUUGUUAUAGGAAUUGAUAAAGUUGCUGAGGAAGAAAACUGCCCCUAUGUUUCUAUGUUCUGCCAUUUUUUAAAAUUUCUUUUUAAGCAAUGGAAACUAGUUUAACUGUUGACAUAUGUUAUGAAUUUAUGAUGACAGUAUAAUAAAAUACACUCUCUGUAAGAAUUUAUUUGAUAGCAUGCAAACAUGGCUAGUUUUCAUAAAAUGGCUGUAUCGUAAUAUGUAACAUCAAAAUGCUGUUUUAUACAACUGAAGCCAUAGUUUUACUUAUAAAGCUACAGAUGCAUAUUUGAAUAACAAUUUUAAUUUGUUCAUGUUUUGAAUAUUUUUACAAAUACUGUUUUAUUUUUCUCUGUCCUUCCCUCUCUAAACCACUACCUUCUCAUAUGAAAAUGUUUGAAAAAUAAUGAUGGAUCACCUAUCAUUUUUGACAAUGAACAAUUAGUCGUUCAAUCACCUGAACAACCAACUCAUUAAAUUAAUGUAUGUAUGUGGCUGAGUAUUCCAUAAACACAUGUACCCUUAGGGUAAUUCUCAGUAUGAACCAGCAUGACACAAUAUGCAACAAGACUGGUACUUUGAAUUACAGGUACAAUCCAUCCAAUGGGCUUCCACACAGUUUCUGUCUACCCAGUUUCAUUCACAAUGCUUGGGUUGACCCGAAGCUAUGGUAAAAAAACACUUGCCCAAGAUGCCACAAAGUGGGAUCAAUGCUGGGACUUCAUGACUGAGAUUCAAGCUUCUUAACCACAUGUCCCCAUGCCUGUGUUGAUACAUUUCUAGGAAAUAUUAAAUAUUACCAUUAUGUCUGUGAAAUUCAUACCCGCUUUUCUUUUUUAUUUUAACUAUCUUUCUUAAAUACCUGUAGAUAUUUCCAUUAAUGUUAUUCUAAUUGAUAUAUUGCAGGGACAGCUAAGAUUGUUGGUAUUGCCUCUUUAGCUUUUAACAUCUCUUUCUGUAAUGACUGAUAUUUACUCUAUUAACAUCUCAUUAGUUAAAACAUUUUCUGUUGAUCUUUUUCUUCAUCUUUCUUUCCAGAAAUACAUUUCUAAAUAGUUAUAUAAAAAAAAAACCAAGUUGCAUGUUUGUAUAUUAAAACUUAUCUACUAUUUCACUUAUAAGAAAGGCAAGCAUUUUACCUAUAGGAUAUCUAUCUUUUAUAAUGUUUGUGGGGGAAUUUGUUAUGAAUUUACUCUUCGGAUAGAUAUCAAAUAAAUAAAUAAAUAGAAUAAUCUCACACAGACAGCAGUUCCAACAUGAUGUUUAGUUGUGAUGGCAAAAACAAACUUAAGGACCAUGAAACUCUGGUAUUACCUACUACAAAAGUAAAACUAUCACAAUUUCAUUGCUAGAUAUUUGUUUGGGCACUUAAUUCUUUCAGCCUUUCUAACAACUUAUAUAUAAACCAACAAGGUCUGGAAAAAUCUUAACCUGAUUAGAAACCUUCAACUUGGUUUGCAUAUAUUAUCAGUCUUGUUUUGACAGGAAUAUGCAGCUAACAUUGUAGACUCAAGUAUGUUUUCAAUGUGCUGGAUAUAUACUUUGUGUUCAAAUUCCUAUCAGACCCAUUUUAACAUUAUUAACACUUUUGAAAAGUCAUGAAUAUCCCAAUUUCUCAUUUUCAUCUCAGAUUUUACAAUAAUAAAUUUUAGUAGUUGUUUGUAAGAGAAUAUGUAACAUUCUAGAAUCAUGAGAAGUCUGCAAAAUUAGUGAAAUGUAUUUCUAGUUCAUUUAUUGUCAUCCAUAUCUCUGUAUACUUUUGUGAAUACCUGAAAGUUGAAACAAAAUCAUUUUGUCAUCAAUGAAAACUGAUCCAUGCAGUGUACAUUCUUGUACAUUUAUAUAGUGGUCCCUUCUUCACUACUUCAGCAAGUAUGGUGAAGUCUCUCCUUUGCUGAAAAGGUCUAAUAAGACUGAAAAAAGUCCAGUUGUCUCCCAUACUCACAUAAUUUUUACCAUUUUUUAAAAUAUAUUCCUUGUAUUAAAUGUUAACACUAACUUUAAUAAUAAUAAUAAUGGUUCUUCAACUUGAUAAGUCAGCAUAAGACAAAUGCUACAAGUCUCCAACUUGAAAGUAAGUAGCUUCAAAUACAGCUUGCAAACUUUACUGGUGAAUUUGGGGCAGGGUGCAGGUAGUGGGUAUCAUAUUACUCAGUUAAUGACUUUCACUCUUUUGGAUGUCAACACAGACAUUUACGUGUAUAGGCCUUUUUUUGUCUUGUCUAGUGACUGAAAUCAUACAUGCAGAAAAUAUUAUUUAUUUUAGUGGUGGCAAUGAUAAACUGUUAAAUAAAGCUAAAUUGACUUCUGAUUCAGAAAUUUGAAUACUUCAGUACAUUUACAGAAAAUCCAGGUGUUGAUUCUCUUUAAAGGUUUGAUAAGUUCUUGUAAUAAAUGUAAUUUAUACAGCUAUACCUAUAUAUAUAUAUAUUACAGCAAGCAUGAGCACUCCAAGAGAUUUCAUUACCUGGUGCCUUGAGGCAGUAUCUCUGUAACUGGUCUUGUAAUAAUAUUUCAGUGUUCAAAUUAUGUCACUUGUCAAGAUUAACUUUUAUUGAUGCAGUCAUUUCAACAAAGUCUUAUAUGCACAUUGGAAUAAAGUGUCAAAAGAGUGAUAUCCACUUCAAAAUAGGGUAUGAUCAAUGAAAAGUGCAGUCUUUGUGUUCAUUUGUAUUGUAACAGAUUCCUUAAAUCACAGACCGCUCUCAAGUUUAAUGGAUGAAUGUGUAUAUGCACAAGGAGUUUUGUCAUUCAUAUUACUGUUCCCUGUUUAUGUGGUAAAGGGUUUUCAAAAGAUACCCAUACCCUUCAGCACUUAUAUCAAAGGGUGGAAGAGAAUUUCCUUAAUUUGUUUUCUGGUUAAGUAUCUCUUAAAAGUAGUAACUAAGUUUGUGUUGCUAUUUCUAAAGAGGAUACUGAACUAUAUGUUGUUUAUACCACAAUAAUUCCUUAACUCCUGCUCCACAUAUACUCCCCCUCCCACUCUUCCUCUCUAUCCAUAAACAUUAAGACUGUUUGCAAAAAAACAAUUAAUUUCUCCUUUUCUUUUUUAAAUACUGUUAGUUCCAUAGGCAAAAAUACUUAGAUUGUCAGACAAAAAGCUUUGUAGUAUUUAGUUAUGACUAUUUAUGUUCUGAGUUCAAAUCCUGCCAAGAUCAAACUUUGCUUUUCAUUCUUUUGGGUUGAUAAAAUAAAAUAUCAGUCAAAUACAGCUGGAUGUGAAUGGAAUUAUAGAAGAAGAAUGAUUGUUAAAGCACUAGUGAAUACUUAAGUUUUCAUGUAAUAAAUCUAGGGCAAGGUCAGACCAGCACAAAUAAUCUAUCCACUUCUCCAAGAUAAAUCCAUAGAUUUGAACUUGGAACAAGAAGCUAAUGAGAUGCUUACAUUAAUUAUACAUUACUCUCACUGUUUACUGUGGUAAACUUUAACUCUUUAUAGUGUCUGUUUAGAUUUAAAUGAACUGAGCAUAUCAGAAUAUAGUAGUCAAUAGGUUGACAAUAUCAUUCCAACCAGUUGUGCCUCAAGAAAAUCUCUAAAGCUCUAACCAUAUUAAUUUCAAUUUGUAUGAAUUUAUUCCAUCAAUUGGUAGUAUUUGGUAUUUUAAACCAAAGUUAUUAUCUAUUGAAACCUGGCAGAAUGAUUAGAGUUGGUAGAAAUAGUAAAAGCAUUAGAUUGAAUUUUUUUUUUUUUAUUAACUCUCUCUUGCACAUUCUGAGUUCAAAUCUCUGUGAGGAUUAAUUUUUCUUCUUUUGCCUUUCAUCUUUCUGAAUUUGAUAAAAUGACUACUAGUAAUACAUAAACGAUGAUGAUUAUAUCAACUCUAUCCUCUCCCAGUGCAAAUUGGCUGUGUGUCUAGUUAAAAGCAUUUAUUGAAACUUAAAGCAAAUAAUAUCAUUUGAUGUAGUUUAUAUUACCAGUGUCAUUUCCUGUUGCUAGGUGAAUUCUGUCUUGAGAAUAUUUUGUAAAAGAAAAAGAAUAACCUUGAAAUUGUCUAUUGUUGUUCCAUCUCUUACAAAAACAAUUUAACUUUAUUUUUCAUUCUAUUUGUGUUUACUGUGUCAAUUAUUUAUGUAUAUUCCCCCUAAACUUCCUUUUAUAUAGCUUCAAGAUAACAGAAAUACAGACAUUUGAUUGGAAAUUAAAGGCAAUGCUUGCUGCAGUUAUACUUUCUGCCUGCUGCCUGCCUUCUUCAGCAAAUGAAUUAAUUUUUAUUUUUCUGCUCACCAAAUCUACAAACCAUUGGAAAGUGAAAGGGUAUUGAACUAUAGUGUUCAUUCACCUUUUCUAAUAGAAUUUUAACAAUUGAUUUUAUAUUAUUUUUUUUAAAAUCCAUCUUGCUCUACCUAGCCUUGCAUACAUUGUCAACUAAGUGCUUUGUGUGUGUGUGUGUUAUAUAUUUGCUUCUCUGAGUUUAUCUCAGUGAAUACUAUUACAAACAUAUGUGUAUGCCUUUCAUCUAUCAUAAAGCAAUGUUUGCAUUUGUGUCUCUGUGUCAGUAGUGGAAUUGCAUUUCUGCUUCCAUUUACAGUUCAGUCUUUCGAUCUAGCUACAUUGUACUUUAAAAAUCUGUCCCAUUGAAAUACCAAAUAAUUCCAUUUUACCACAAGAUGAAGCAAGAAAGUGACAAUUAUUAUCAUUACAUCACUAUCAUAUCUGGUUGUUCAUGGCACCCUAAUUUUUGUGAUGUUGGCAAUAUAAGGAUGUCUCACUCUUGCAGAAUUUCUCUAUUUCUCUAGUUUGGGAUUGAGUGAACUGAAUUUUGUUGAGUGUAUGUAAAAGGUGGAUAGAUUAUAGUAGAUAAUUUUUUUUUUAUAUUAUAAUUUAGUAAUAUUCAUUUACACUUUCCUUGUUCUUCUCAAUUAAAUUCUGCAAUAGAUUUUCUGAUUGUAUUUUAUUUAUUUGAGGAUGUUUAAAUGCUAUAAGAAGUUCUGUGUCACACAAUAAGGGCUCUACCUGUGAUAGAAUCAUUACCUGCUAUAACAUAUAAUAUAAUCAAAUGCUGUAACACCACACAUUGCAGCUGCUUGAUAACAUAAUACUGCUGCAUGGCACAGUCUCAGUUUUAUGAUAUAUAGCCACUAAGUGUUACCCAUGCAGUGAAAUCUGAUACACAUUUCCUCUGGGAUUGGUUCAGUGUAUAUAGACACACCUGUGAGGAAACUUGAUAAAUAAGUAUUUGCCAUAAAUGUGUAAUGCUGUGUCCGUGUUGUUUACACAAGAGUAGUCAAUCAGAUUGAAGUAGUUAUCUUCAAAAUUUAAUGAUUUUAGUUUUAAGAUAAUCAUGUCAGAACUUGUGAAUGCCAUUUUAGUAACUCUAAAGUUAGGGUGCCAUGGGAGAUAUUUCUAACACAACUUCUAACCCACUGCUUCCUUUCACUUGUUCAAAAGUGCUUAAGUAGUUAGUUUAAGGUUCGAGUAGAUUAAUUUCUUCAGCAAUGUUGUUAAAAGUGAUUGAUUCAAUCUAAGAUUGGCAGCUAAUACUUAAGACUGCUCCAAACAUUAAAUGAUCAUACCAUUAUUAUUAUUAUUAUUAUUAUUAUUAUUAUUAUUAUUAUUAUUAUCAUCAUAUUUGUUGUUGUUGAUGUUGGAUAAAAAUUUAAACGACAACGUCCUCUUCAUAUUCCAACAGGAAAAUAAAACAAACAAAUUGGUUUUUACCCUUUGGGUUCUUAACUGCAGCUAAAUUAAGGCCUGAAGGGAGCUAAUGGGUGUUAUUGUCAUGAAUCUGGCAUAAAUGUAUACAAAGACCUCAAUCUUUAAGAACAUCACAGUGAUAAUAAUAAUUUCUUUUGAUGUACAGAAAUGUUUACAGUAUUCCUAAGGUGUUCUACAUUUUGAUUUUGGAAAUAGGAAAAUAUGGAAACUUAAAUGGAACAAGAUUUACAUAUUUUUCACUUUUUCACAACAAAAUACAAAACAAAAGAAAAAAAACUCUUUCUAUUAUACCGAAUUUGUUUUUACUGGUACUGACAUUCAAUGAAUUAGUCCAGUGUGAACUAUUAUUAUACAUGUUAAAACCUCUCAUAAAGGGUUAUAUUACCACCCAUGAAUACUGGUGCUGCUAAUAAUUUUUGGUUUGGUGUGAUUACUAUUAUAUAUUGUGACAGGAAACUACUGUAGACUAGAGGUAAGCUCUCAGCAAACCGAAUCCUGCGACCCAGUUUCAAUUCCUAGUUGGAUCUGAUUCACUUUACAUUAGUCACUAAUGCCUUUGAAAAAGGCAUGAACAUCACACAGUUUCAUUCCCUUUCCUCUUUAAAUAUGUGACUGUGUGAUUCAGUAGAAACAUUAACUCAUUGUAUACAUGAUGGCAGACAAGUGCCAUAAACUAGAGGUAAACUCAAGUAUACUCUGAACCUGGUUUCAAUUCCCGGUUGCAGCUAUUUCAUCUAUGUCACUAAUACCUUUGGAAAAGCAUGUAGAACUUAUUUUCACCCCCACCCCUAUAAAAAUCUCAGGCUUCAAGCCCUCCUAUGUUAAGAAACAUAUCGUAGCAGGCAGCACAGUACAGUGAUAAGUUCUCCGAGAAACAAGCCAGUAACUCUGGUUUCCUUCUCAUUUAGAACCAUUUUAUUUCACUUAUGUCACUGAUGCUCUUGAGAAAGGCAUGAUUGUCACAACUUUCCAUUGUUCCAUCCUUAAAAAUUUCAAACUUCAUGCCGAUGUGAGAAAUUAUUAUUACUACUACUAUUACUACUACUACUACUUUUAAUAAAAGUAUAGAUAAUGCAGUCAAGAUGGUUCUGACUAUUCAGGUGUACCUGAUAAAACAGUGUUAAGGUUUACUAAUUAAUUAAACCAUCAUGUGGCCUAUUUCUAGAAAGUUAAAACCCCCGAAACUAUACCUUUUUAUUUUUUUCUUCUCUCUUGUUCUUUAAAUGCCUAAAUCAAAUGAUUCCAGCUUCAUCUUGUUGAAUAUUCUCUGAGGUUUCACUGAAAUUUCAUUUGCUUCUUCUGAUUUAGCUAAUUAUAACAGAUUUUGACAUUUAUUCAUAUGCUACAAAAAUUAUGGGGGAACUUUAUACAACCAUUAGAAUUUGUUGUAUUAAUUGACUUUGAUAUUUUCAGAGUUUGUCUCUGAAUAACAAUAUUAAAAAAAUACGUUAUUCAUUGUGAAUUUCUAUAAUGAAACAAUUUAUUCAUUAAAUUUCUACAAAGUUUAUCAAAUUAAAUUGACAGCUUCCUAAAAUAGCUGUAGAUUUUGACUAUGAAGUAAUACUAAGAUUUUUUUUAAAGAUCUAGAUAUUUCUGUUGACUGUUAAGUCGAAUGUUAAUGGUCAAUAUUUUUGUCAACGUCUGUUAUUUCUGUGUUUAUUGUUCACCUCCCAUUAAAACUGUUAUCUCAAUUUUCUUUUGCUCAUUAUUCAUGUUUGCUAUUUUAGUGUUUUUGUGCCUCAACUUGCCGCUGUGCAUUUCUCACUGAUUAUAAUAACUUCUGUUUUCUAACCCCCAUCUCUCUCUCUCUUUCUAUCUCUCUUUAUGUAUGUAUGUAUAUAUAUAUGUAUGUAUAUAUAUAUAUAUAUAUCUUACUCUUUACACUUGCUGCCCACAAAUAUAUGUAUCUGCAGAAUUGAAUAGUAUGUCACAAAGACUGAUAUUUCAACUGAAAUUCACAACUAAGAAAACAAAUAAAGGGGGGGAAGAGAGCUUCAAACAAAAUGUUUUCAGUGUACAAAGUUGUUGUUUUUUUUACUUUCUAAUAUGUGUGUAUGUGUGUUUUUAUUUUAUUUAUGUUUUUGUUAUUGUUGAAUUUUUUUAAAUCUCAGUUAUUUGACUGGAUACAGCUUGUAAAAGGUGUGAUUUAACUCUGUGGAUAACUCACUCCAAUCAGAAAACUUGAUGUACUAAUUUAUUAAAUACUUUUACAAUUAGUGAGCUCCAUAUAUUUUGUUUGUAAUGUCAGUUAUUUGUUUAAUGACCUCUUUGAUUUAUUUCCAGUUCCAUGCAGCAGCUAAAGACUUAACAGUAACAUCCGUUAUUUAAUAUUUUGUAAGUUAUCUUCACUGGAUGAAUUAAUACUUCAACCAGGUCAUUGUGUGUGUGGUGGGGUGUCAAUUAGUGUAGUUUCAGAAGAAAGUCCCUCCCCACCCUCCUCAGCAUCUGAAACCUGUUGGCGACUUAAUGGAAUUCAAAUGCUUCCAAUGGCUGCUAACCAACUUUAUUGAAACCAAAUUACAUUUUACAACUGGAAGACAGACUGCCAAAAUAUCUUCCACUCUACCUAGCUCCCUCCCUUUUAGCAUUAGUUUGAUAAUACAAUUCUGUUGCCUCAAAUAUAACAAAAGAAAAAAGAAAGAAAAAAAAACAACCAUUUCUUUGUGCCAACAAUAACACAAUGUUUUGUUAGUCAUAUCAGUGACAAAUUUUGGCCAAUUAACAUUAUUAAAAACAUUUUUUUUUUAACAUUUGAGGGUAAAUCAACCAUUAUUAUGGUUAUCAUCACAUUUCCUCUCUCUCCCACCAUUCUUGAAGUUAAAAGUAUCAAAUCAUUUUAACAUUGUCACAUCACAGACUUGUUCAAGGCUGUGUCUAACUACAUAUUGAUACUUUGCAAGUUUCCUUUGGAAUUCCAAAUUCUUCAAAACAACUUGAGUUGCAACAUAUUCCUCCAUUUGAACUAUUCUUAAAACUUCAUAUCACCAACCUUAGUGUUGUCAAAAGACUGCUUGGAGAUGCACCAUUCUUCAGACAACUGAAAUAUUGAGCUAAAAAGCACCAACCACUUCCAAGAAAAAAAGAAAAAGAAAAGAAAGAAAAAUUCUGAGAUGUUUUCUAUCUAAUAAGUUGUCUGUUUUGACUCCUUGAAUAGUAUAGGGUUGUAACUAUGACAGCAGCAGACUGCACGGUGCAACUAAUUCAGACUGCAACAUAAACAACUCUAUGAGACCAAACAAAAAGAAAAAAAAAAGCACUCAGUUUUCGUUUUUUUUUCUAAAAAAAAAUAAUUUAAAAAAAACAGAUAAAAGCAAAUUAUAAUUGUUUUAACAUUUUUAUGAAGAUCCUCUUUGUUGGCUGUGAGAAAUUUUUCCACACUAAAAUUAUUUAUUCUCAUUGAUCAAAAAAGUUUUCAAAUCACUGACUGUAGUUGUGUUUUUCUGCAAGUGAAAGAAUUGAGCUUUAGCACCCAGGACUGACAAUUUCUUUUAGUUAGUCCUCCAUAUAAGCACAAUAAUUGACUGCUUUUUAUCGUACUUUUCUCAUCACUUGUUGACAUGAUUCAAAGUGUGUAUGUAAAAUGGUUGCUGCCUGCCUAUAGAAGUGGAUGAUUGUCUGUAUGUAUGCAUGUGAGGUGUGUGUGUGUGUGUGUGUGUGUAUAUGUAUAGAUGUACCUCUAAAUUGAAACA